AUGAUACCGCGGUCAUCAAAGUCCGCACCCGUCGCCACCAUUCAGUCGAAGAUCCCGCGGUUCGUGAAGCGCCCGGCGCCUGCAGUUCUCCCAGUCAUGGAUGAGCCACACCGAGAGGCCCUGCGCUGCACACGUACCGUUUUCCGUUCAGAGGGCGAAGAACCAAAACCCCACUACGAGGACCUCCACACCCUGCCAGAGGUGUGGUGGAUCUCAGUGCAGCUUACUAUUGAGGACCGCCUCUGUUCCGACGAGGAGUUGAUGGAUAUUGUGGCUGACCGUUGCCGGGCUGGAGACUGCAAGUCCACCUACUAUUAUGCCAUGCACCACCAGGAGGCCCUUUGGAUCUCGCUCCCAGUUAUGAACUCUGACCUUGCACAUCUUGGCCGGAUUGCCGGGGUUAUCGCACUUGCUGAGCACUACCGGAUGGAGAUUGCUGCAGGACGCCUUUCGGUCGAUCGGAAUUAUAUUUUCGAGCCUCGGUCCUAG